AGCUCCUGGACGCUGAAGUUGACCUUCUGAAAACGGAAGCUAGCAAACUUCUUCUGUUUCUUUUGCAGCUUAAGGAUGUAAAAGUGAUAUGGAGAGGUCCUAAUCCCCCAGAUUAAGUAAAGGUUCAAACUGUACCAUGGUCCUCCUUGUAACAAAAACAAGUCACAGGGGUUGACAUCUCAUAUGAGCAAGUUUCAUCCUGGAUACCAGACUCCUCUGUGCUGAAUAAAGACUGAGCAGGACAUCUGGCCUCAGCACACAGCCUGCAUAUGCCAGAGAGGAUGAAUGCUGGACAGGUCAACAGAGUGAUGUUCUCCUUGAUGUUAAGUUUGUUUGUAGGAGCCUCUUCUUCCAUGUGGCCCCUGGCUCCUGCAGCGGCCUUCCAGCUGCCACUCUGCCAGCUCAUCAACCAGACGGUGUCUCUAGAGAAGGAGGGCUGUUCCAAGUGUCACACAGUGGAAACAACCAUCUGCAGUGGUCACUGCAUCACCAAGGACCCUGUCAUCAAGAUCCCAUUCAGCAACGUUUAUCAGCAUGUGUGCACGUACCGGGACUUUUACUACAAGACGUUUGAGCUUCCUGACUGUCCUCCUGGCGUGGACCCGACCGUCACCUACCCUGUGGCUUUGAGCUGCCACUGCGGCCGCUGUGCCAUGGACAUGUCUGACUGCACCUUCGAGAGCCUGCAGCCCAACUUCUGCAUGAAUGACACUCCUUUCUACUACUAG